UGAGUGAUACUUUUGUUGAUAUGCUACAAAUAUGUAACCAAUAAACUAAAUUACUUUUUAAUGAAGUCUAUAGUUUACACCUUGUGUUGUCCAUCAUGUUGAUGCCUGAACUUGGCUGCUACAGCCCAGCUGUUCUCCCACAGGAAACAUUUCAACAUCUCAUGAGGAGCCAAUCACGUCGCGCCUGUAACAGAGAUGCGCUCUGCUCUCAACUCUGGCUGGACAACUGUGGAGCUGCGACGCAACCACGCGCAAGUCCAAAUGCGACACAACUCGCACUUGGGAGACCGUAGUCUGACUGACUGAUCAGCUGCAGAGAAACUUUUUGGAUACACGUUUUUGAUAUAACUGGGAUUCGAAAAAUAAAUGGGACAACAAAAAUCGCGAGAAGUUGAAUCGCUCCACUUGUGUGCACGGUUCAGUUUUGCCAACUUUGUGUACUAGCACCAUCCGAUCUGCCUCAGUCCGUUCGGGCGCAGCAGCAGCAGAGGAGGAGGCUGGAUGUGGCAGGAGACGGGUCACUGAGCUGCAGCGAGCCGGGUGCGAGUUUCCCAGUCCCCAACUCUCCAAUGUCACCGGACAGGAUGAUGAUCAUUGGACUUCUGCUCAAUGUCUUCUUUCAUGCGUUACAUGUGGAGACAGUGUCUGACAUUGGUGAAGAGCCUGUUCCAAGUGGAAGGGACCCUGCUGCAAAAGGUAGUGCGCCAGUAUCUGCAUCCUUAGACUGUCUGGUGGCGGAGCAGGGCUGCAUCCAGGAGCAGUCCUGCAUGAUGCUCUAUCGACUGCUGGAGUACUGUGCAGCUGAGGAGGCCGUGUCGCCUCUCGGCCCAGACGCCCGCAUGGAGUGCCUGGAGGCCCAGAACUCCUUGCAGCAUUACCGCCCCCUUCAAGUUUGCAAGUGUCAGCGUGGCUCUCGCAGGGAGGAACACUGCCUCAGGGUCUACUGGACUGUGAGAUUUGCAGCAUAUGAUGAGUAUGAAGUGUCUCCAUAUGAAGAACUGCAGUUAAAUCUGGUGAGAAACAUUGAGAUGUCACGUAUGGCCUCCAUCAUGGCAGCUUCCUCUCUUUCUGUGGAUGGCCAAAACCAGUGUCUGAAGGCAGCCCAGGACUGUGGCCUGUAUGAGAAAUGUGGCUCCCUGCGCUCAGAAUAUGUUGUGGCCUGCACCAAGCGAGCAACAGUCUCUGACAACAGCUGUAACCGCCAGAAAUGCCACAAAGCCCUGCGGCGCUUCCUGGAGCGCGUGCCAGAGGAGUACAGCUUCGCUCUGCUCUUCUGUCCCUGCUCUGACACUCUGUGUGGGGAGCGCCGGAGGAAAACCAUCGUCCCAUCAUGUUCCUAUGAGGAGAAUGGGAGAGGGGAGGAAAGACUGGGCAAGCCCAACUGCCUCAGCCUGCAGAACUACUGCUCCAGAGACGAGCUGUGUAGAUCCCGGUUUGCUGAUUUCCAACACAACUGCCAGCCCUCCCCUCUGUCUGCCUCUGGCUGUAUGCGAGAGAGCAGAGCCAUGUGCCUGAAGGCUUACGCUGGACUCAUAGGCACCAUCAUGACUCCCAACUAUGUGAGCAACAGCAGCACAGAAGUGUCCCAGUGGUGCACAUGUGACGGCAGUGGGAACGAAUGGCAGGGCUGUCAGCGCAUCCUGCAUUUGUUCAGCAACAACAUAUGUCUGCGCAAUGCCAUCAGCUCCAUGGGAAUCUCCGCACCUACUCCUGUGGAAAACACUCCUGUGCCAGCUUCUCAGCCCCCCCCGCGCAUCUACCAGGAGAGGGUCCACGUCAGCGUUAACACUCUCCCUGAAUUCAACAGUAUGGAGGACAGUGAGGAAGAGGAGCAGGAGGAGGAGGAGGAGGAAGAAAGCGAGGAAUUCAACGUCAUGCCACCAUAUUCUGAGAAGGACUCUAACACUGAAUCGGGGGCUAGAGGGAGUAAACGGGGAGCAGCUAGCCGAGCAGUACCCGUGUUACUAUUACUGCUGCCUACACUCAUCCUGGACUGGGAGUGUUGGAGCUACUGAAGCCUCCAUCUCAUUCUCCGCUCAUGUUUUACACUCACUACCACUUUCAAAUCCAUCACAGCACCCAGAAUGAACCACGGAGGACAUUUGCGAGGAAGAAAUGCUCCAUUUCUUUUUCUUUCUUUUUUUUUUUCAUUUUUAAAACACCCUCACUUUAUUUUAUGAUUCAGUUUCUCCAAUCACUGCCUCCUCAAGAGCCAAAAGAUAUCAGUAGUCCUGCAGUAUGUCUUUGCUUGAGUCCUCUCCUAUAGAAACGAAGCGAACAACAUGAGGAGAUAUAUGAGUGCACGGCUGAAUUUAGAAAUGCUGUCUGGGCAAAUACUCUAUCUAGAGUCUGCUUCACACUCAAAGUACAUCCCCUCUUUUAACAAGAAGCACAUCGCCCAAGGCCACAUCCACUAUACACACUCCCAAAAACCAUAACUGGUCUACUCCACUGCAACCAGGCCUGAGCACGGCUUUUGAUUUCUAUUUCAUGACUCAUGUCACAUCCGUUUCUCUGUUGCCCCUUUGGCUCUUCCUCUCUCUCCUUCAUACUAUGGUUGAGUAAGAUAAUCCACUUUACAACAAGCUAAUACGAAACUGCACCACACUUAAACUGCUUUGUACCUUUGGAAAAAAAAACACUUUUUAAAAUUGCUUCAUUUAAAAAGUCAUAAGACACGAACCAAUGUGUUGUCACAUUAUGUAUAAUCUUAUGUCUUUUCAACCUUUGUUUCCUCUCACUUUGUGCACCAUAAAGCAGAGUGCAACACUCAAUCUGCUCUGCUUCUUUUGUUAACACGCCACUUAGUAUUAUUCCUACCAGGGUGAGUGGCUGAGAAUUCAACCACCAAAAGUAAUGAGAUCAAAUUCUAUUGCAGAAAUGAUGAGCAGAGAAAAGAAACAUGAGCAAUUACAGCACAAUUCAAAUUGCUCAGCACGUAGGGGAAGUUUGGAGUAAGGCUCAGGGGAGGAAAUAGCCAAUUUACUGCUGUCAUACCCUCUCACUUUUUUUAAAAUCCUUAGGAGGUGUGCUUUUAAUACUCCUUCCCCAUUAUGUGCUUUAGAUGUUGUGAGAGCAAGAUGCGGAGAUAGGGAUGGACACAGGAGGCUGUAAAGCCUUCUGGCUGCUCUAAUCAUUGAGCAGCACAUUGAGCCAUUCUCUCUGCCUAAAAUAGCUUUUGCUGAUGAUAAUGAUUUUUUUCUCUUAUGGCUCAUUUUCUUGUGAAAUUACGCAGCUGCAGGGAUGUAGGUAAAGAGAAGUAAAGGGGAGUUUUUGUAUAACUGCAGUGAUACAAUGAUGGGUGACUUCAAACAGCAGUCCACUGACCUCACCAUCUUCAGACAGAUCAGAACUGAAAAUUUCCAAAGACUAAUCACAAAAAAAAAUCAUUCUUAGAUGUUUGAAUAUCACUUGAGGAGGCAGCAUGGCCCUACCACUUUUCACCCAUCACUACUGGACUUGUUUACAUGAUGGUUCAUUGACAUGUAGACUGAACAUUUGAUAAGGACAGACAGUAUAAAGGCAGAAACGCACAGAAGUGUAUGAGCUAUGCUUUUGCAAAUGCAGGUCCAUCACUACUUCAAACUUGGGUUAGAUUUUUAGAAGUAGGACUUAAAUGGAUGUUGUAAGGUUAGUAGAUCUGUAGUGACUGUUACCCACUUCAGGACAAAAUGACAUCAUGCAGGUUUUUGACCACUUUCUUGUUGAGAGUUUGGAGCUGAGAAGUGGGUGAGGAAAAGGCCAGUUAACAAAGCUCUGAAGUGUGACUGCAAGCUUAGUGGGUACAAGAAAAUUACAUAUUUGGACAGAAUAUUUUAAAUAAAAAGUCUGGCUGGACAACCAGCUGUUAUCCAAAUAUAUGAAGCAGAACCAGACCAUAGAAGAGACGUGUUGAUAAAUAAACAUGCUAAAGAAACAUUACCCAUCAUAGUAUCAGUGAUGCUGCUUAUUCAAAUCUGUCAGCUACAGUUAUUCAUAAAGCAUCAAAUUAACAGCAUCCAUUGCCAAAUAUCAAUAAUUGCAUCAGUGUGCUUUGGCCUUAAUGACUGAAUGUGAGUUUACAUGUAUUUUCGCAUUUCAAUAAGUUUGUUUAUAUUUGUAAACUAUGUAAAGUAAACAUUUACAUUAAACGUGGCUUGUAUUUUUUGAUGAGUUAAGGGGUUUCAUCCUUCAUCCAUAAGUUCUUUAAGAAUAUAUGUGAAUAUUUCCCAAAUUAGAUUUUUUUAGUUUGUAUCUUGACUAUGUUCAUUUCACAUGCUAACCUUAUUUUAAAGACAUAUCAAACAUGCCAAAUAAUUCUGACUGUAAUGUGUAAUAACUGUAAUUUUGUGACAUAGCCGAACAGUGUGCCGAUUUGUUAAAAGAAGAAUAAAAGUCGCAUUGGAAAUUUC